UAUGAGAGAGAGAACAAAGGAAUACAGAAAGGAGCUGGAAGAAAUGCAGCUGCGAAUGAAGGACAGACCAUACCUCUUUGAACAGGUCACCAAGCGUGAUGCUCGUCAGGGAGCAGAGCAGCGCUAUAGACACACCCUCCAGCAGGCUGGGCUAAGUGAAGAAUUUGUAAGGGAAAAAGGGAAAGAUGCCACUGACUUGCUGGAAGAAGAAUCUGAUGUUCACAGAGUGUCCAGGCCUCGGGGUGGAAAGGACGACUGUACCAUAGAGGAAUGAGAGCCUCAAGAGGAACAGAAUGGAAAGGAAAUGGCGACAUAAAGGUCUAGCAGAAGAAUCCUGUCAUCUCUUCAUAUUUAAUCAAGAUUCUCCAGGUUAAUCCUUGGGAACUUUGAUUUAGGAUGACACCUAAGAUGUGAGAACUUAGUAAAGGAAAAAAAGAGACCAGCUGAUGUUUAGAACACAUUUUGUCCAGCCCAGCAAACCCUGCAACCUCCCUUAGUCUUCACAAGCAUUCAUGUGAGCUAUUUCACUUUCUCGAACAGGCAACAAAAGUUUAAAAGGUAGAAGGCUUUUAAACAAGGUAGUUCUAAAAAAACACCACCUUAACUGCUUCAAAAAAAGACUCAGAGGGAACACAUUCUCUGGUUCUUUUCAUUCACUCAUUACCAGCUCCCACAUAGAAAGACUGUUGCUCCUUUCCUAAUGAAAACACUCCCAUAUUUCAGUAUUUGAAGCUGUUUUAAGAUCCUACCCAUUUAGGUCAUUGAUUUGACUUGAAAACCAACCAAAAUUAUGAAGAAAGUCAUCAUUCAACAGUGCAUCACUUUGGAUUGCUAUUGACAUAAUUAUACCAUUACUGUAAUAGUAAAGAUGGAUUUCAGUGGAAGAAAGACUAGGAAUUACCUGUCAGCAUGUUGCACUCAAAUGCCUGGCACAUCUUCCAUGCUGUAUUUCAUGUAUGAGUGGUCUUCCUUUACCUGACAGUAAUAAUGAUCUCAAAAUUACAAACCUUAACCACCUGGAAUGCUUUCUGAGAAUUAUAUUAAAGCAC